AACUUUGCCAUUGGCAUCGCUAUGGUCUUUUUUGGUUGCGUUUUCAUUGUGGUCGCGUCCAUCAUGAUGUGCUGCGCCUGCGGCUUUUUGGCCUUCAGCAACAGCUCCAAGUCAGUUAUAACUAUUACGCAACAACCUCAAAUGGUGAACCAAAUGCCAAUGGGUUCCUACUUCAAUCAGCCCAAACCACCUCCAUUCAUGGCAACUGGUUACCAAGCCAGCCAACCACAAGUGCCCGCAGGGGCUCCUGUUCAGCCUGCACCGUACCCCUCUGGUCAAAUGUACACUCUACCGCCGACAGUUCCACCCUCCUAUGAUCAGACUGGAGAGGCGCCUGGCCACCACAGCAUGCCAGGAGAAAAAUACUAA